AUGGGCACAAACACUCGUCAAAAUGUUGUUGAUUCAUCCAAAACUAUGGGAGAAGUUGACUCAAGAGUGCCUUUUAAAUCUGUUAAAGCUGCCGUCAGCUUGUUUGGUGGGCCAUCAGUCUCUCCAGAUAAAUUCACUGUGGUGAAGCACAAUGACCCACCACCUAAUGCGGUACAUCAGGAACAGGUCAGUUUGGCAAACUUUUUCGGUACAUGUAUUUGUGCUAAUUAUCAGCAGCCAAGUCUGUUCCAUAUCAAUGACCAGGGAAAGCUCUGAAUAGGAAGAGCAAAGAUAAUUGUUUACCCUGAAAAGGUUAGGAAACUCAUCUGAAGUGUGGGAACGCAGAAUAUUUUAUUCUAAGAAGAUACGCAUUUAAAGGGAGAUAAGUCUUCAGAAUUUUCAUGAAGACAAACAUAAUUUUUUUUCUAACUUUAUAACUCCUUGCUGGCUCUUUAUUUCUUAGCUGUGCGCUACACGAUGUGUAGGACUGUGUUUAUGAAAGUAUAAUUUUAUCAAUCAAUCCUUGACUUGUUGCCUAAUGAUAACGAUGGAAGUUCUACACACUUAUAUAAUCCAUUGGCUUCUUUUCUAAUAGAGAGAACUGGUUAAGGAGGCACAGUUUCACCUGGCCCAGAAUGAAUUAAACAAGUUCAAAGAAAAAUUGAAGAAUGCCGAGGCAACAAGAAUUCAAGCGCUUGCUGAGCUAGAACAAGCCAAAAGAACCGCCAAAGAGCUGAGUUACAAACUAAAAGCUGUCAGUGAGUCCAAUGAAUUAGCCCUAAAAGCUUCGGAAAUAGCAAAGAUGCAAGCCAAACGAUAUGAAGAAGUAAACUCCAGCGCUUUUCCUAAAAAUGAUGUCACACGUGAGUCAGAUCUUGUAGGAAGACAGCAUGUUGCCGCAGUCGAUGAGGUUGAUGCUAUAAAGCAGGUUGUCAGCAGUUUCAAAAAGGACAUUCAACCAGCUGAGGAUGCCAAGCUCUCUGCCUUACUGCGACAAGCUGAAUCCAGAAAGUUUUCUGAUGCUAACAUGGAGAGGGCAGCUCAGCUUGUGAAGGGGAUUGCAGGUUGGCCAGGCUCACUUUCUGACAUCAAGCGUGCUUCUCUACGAGCUCAUCAGGACAAAUCAGUUGUACACUCUGAAAAAGAUGUUAAAAGGGUGCCACAUGGGGAUGGUUCAGAACAGACAAUAAAUAAAUUGUCUACGGUGAAGAAAGAACUCGAUCCUGUUUCUGUUGGGAAUCUGGGGACGAAUUUGACAAAGACUGCUGAAGAGUUUCGAGACUCUAAGAAAGAAAAUAUCAACCCACCUGCCUUGGAUUCUGUCACUACUGUGGCCUCUGGGUUGGAUGGUGUGAAGGACGUGUUGCAGAAGAUAGCAGAAGAAGAGACGUCCCUCAAAACCAUGAUGGAGUCACUGUGCUUGGAGCUAGAUAAUAUAAAGAAAGAGAGCCUGAAACUGAAGUUGGAGGAGGCUGAAACUGAUGUGGCUGUCUCUGACCUUAACAUUAAGCUUCAGAAUAGCAAGGCGGAGCUUGAGGCUAUCACUUCUGGGGAACCGAAGGCACAGGCGACAUGCAAUAGCUUGAUCUCAACUUUCCAACAGUUAACUUUGGAAUCUGAAAAUGCAAGGAAGAAAUCAGAAACAAUGAAAAAUACUGCAGAUGAGCUGAUGAGAGAAGCUGAAACUGUACAAAUCAGCCUGAAUGAGGCUCAGCAGAAGCUUCAGGUUGCCCUCAAAGACUCUGAGGAUGCCAAGGCUGCUGAGGCUGAUGCUCUCAAUCAGAUGAAGGUUCUCUCUAAGAAAGCGCAAACAGCUCGAGUUUCUACGUCAGAGUCUGGGACCACCAUCGCUAUCCCGAUGGAGGAAUACGAAUGCUUGUGUAGAAAACCGCAAGAGUUUAGAACAUUGGCUGAAAUGAAGGUGGAAGCUGCAUUGGCUGAAGCAGAAGCAAUUAGAUCCGGUGAGAUCGAGGGAAUUGCGAGGCUAGAGAGAAUUAAGCGAGAGGUGGAAGAGAUGAAGCUGGUAACAGAAGAGGCCCUGAAGAGAGUAGAAAUGGCAGAGGCUGCAAGGAGAGCUGCGGAAGGAGAGAUGAGGAGGUUGCGUGAGAGGGAUCAGAGGAGGGCUAACGAAGCAGCAUGCCGGAUUUUGGUUGAAACACAACUGUCCAAGACUCCGUCACCACCAAGGACUAGAGUACGCAGAUCGAACCCGCCAGAAAAGAAGGAAAGAUCCUGGAACUCUGGGAAAACUUCAUCGAAGCAGAUAACACUUUUACUGCAAGUCAGUGGGUUUUUCCAGAAGAAGGCCAUUCAAGUUGAAAGUGGAUCCCUGUCUUAUCUUCCGGGUGAGAAACCGUUAUGA